AUGGGAAUUUUUACAAAAAACAAGAAAUCGAAGGACAAGAAGAAUAAAAAGGAAAAAACCAAGAAAACCGGGAAAAAGGAGAAGAAGAAGUCGAAAAAGAAGCAACAUCAGAAUAGUGAGAGUAGCAGUAGUAGUAGCGAUAGUGACAAAAAGCAAAAAGGAAUACCAAGUAAUCAAAAUGAGGUGCAAUUGGUGGAUCAGAAGUUUAAAAUGGCUGGAGCAUUGCAAAAUAAGCCGAAGAAUCCGGUGGAUUAUCCAAAGAAAUUGAUGCAAUCUGAAUAUCGACAAAUGUUCAAUACAAAUAGUAAUCUUUCGGUAAAUAUUUGAAAGCGGGGACUAUUUAGAAAUACAAUCCAAUCUGAAUUUCAGAACGAGGAAUGCAUGCUGCUCGAUGAUUUUCUCAAGAAAAAAGCCGAACUUCGAUCAUCUGAUCUAAUGGUGGUUUGUGAGAAAUUGGUGGAUGAGGAGAAGAAAUCGAAUCGCUUGAAAAUUGUCACCAAAUACGACGAGGGCAGAUUUGGCGCGAUUUAUGUGGUGCAACGCGAGGCGGCUGUUGAGUGAGAAAAAAAAAUCGCUAAAAUCAAAAUUGAUUUUUUUUUUCCAGUGACAACGUGGUGGCCAAUUCGCCAUUUAUGAUAAUGAAGACGGCGUUGAGAAAUUUGAGUAGUCCAGAAGUUUGCGCCAGAUUGACUGUGAGUUUGCAAAAUUGCGGCAUGGUUUUCUGAAAGAAUUUUUAAGAAAACUAUGCCCCAACUUUGCAAAAAGGGGCGUGGCUAAAAACCAUGCCGUAAGUUGAAAAAUAUGACCGGUGUAAAAAAUAAAAACCAGUGCAGAAUUGAAUAAAUGAAAAAACAUUACUUCCUCAGUCGCGUGCGGCUCUGCGUCGCGGUCAGAAAACAAUCAUUUAUUAUCGAAAAUCUCAUCGGUACCACGCGCUUCAUCGAAAUAAACACGCAACGCAGACCGCGCCGCGCUACAACACACACACAAAAAAGGGAACGAUUCAAAUUCCCUCCCUUUUUUGUGUGUGUUGUGGCGCGGCGCGGCGCGGCGCGGUCUGCGUUGCGUGUUUAUUUCGGUGGAUAAUAUUUUUCCUUUGCUUCCCGACCGCGACGCAGAGCCGCACGCGACUCACGAAGUUUUAUUUUUUAAGUCAGCCAUAUUUUUCAACUUCCGCAAUUUUACGGCAUGGUUAUAAGCCACGCCCCUUUUGCAAAGUUGCGGCAUAGUUUUCCUGUAGAAUUUUUUUUAAACCUCAUUUUUUCCAGCGUGAAAUCCGCAUUCUCACUCAAUUCUGCUCUGCCGACACCUCAGGCCGUCGUAUUCCAACAAUUCAACUAGAAGGUCGUGUCCUCGGCGUGCCAUUCUUUGUAAUUCCACUCAUGGAUGUCAACCUCGAAAAAUGUCGUGAAGACAUCAAUGGAUUCUUCUCGCCACCCGCCGCCUUCUAUAUUGCACAAGAAGUGCUGAUGGCCAUGAAAUUCAUCCAUUCUCGCGGUUUUUUGCAUCGCGAUAUCAAACCCACGAAUAUUGUUUUGAAUGCGGCCAACAGAAAUCAAUGGUUUUUGAUUGAUUUUGGAGAGUGUGUGCAGGCCAAUAAGAGUAUUGGGUUAGUCUAGCGGCUAGACUAGACUCUAGCCGCAAAAUUGGUCCCAAAACGAAAAUUUUUUUGCAGCCAAAGUCCACCGGAUGGCUACGGUCUUCCAUUUAUUUCCCGCGAAACUCACGAACUCCUCAAUACCGUUGGCAAAAAUACGUUUAUUCAAGAUUUGGAAUCGUGGUUUUAUGUUUUUCUGGACAUGUAAGCGCGCUCGAACACGCAACCGCGCCGCGUUUCUGGUAGUUUUCGACACGCUGAUCAUGAUUCCGUUGUCUAAAACUUCAAAGCUCGACUCCUAACAUGAGUUAUGACGUGGCAAACUUCAAAAAGGGACAGAAUUCGCCUUCAAAAUUAUUUUCAUGAAAAUCAAAUAGCAUAGCGUUGUUCAGGAUUUUCAUGAAAAUAACCUUGAAGAAAUUUUCCAACUUUGUCACGUCAUAACUCAUAUUAGGAGUUGGGAUUUGCAGUUUUAGACAGGGGGAUCGUGAUCAGCGUGUCGAAAACUACUAGAAAAUAUAUAUUUUAUCAAAAAUCUUGAUUACAAGUUGAAAAUUUAGAAACUUCAAAAAUGUGUUUGUUGUGCGACGCGACGCGGUCUGCGUUGCGUGUUAUUUCGGUAGAGCGCGCUUACAUGUCCAUAUUUUCCAGGAUCCGCCCACUUUCAUGGCGUGAACUUAUCGUCCUCCCAAAGGUUCAUAAAAUCAAGACAAAAUUCUGGGAAGAUGUUGAAGCUUCACUCCCCUCUUCCGAUUAUCCACCACAAGUUUUGGCGAUUGCGAAGCUGUUGAGCGGCUCCAGAAGACCUGAGCCACCAUAUAAAGAGUUUUCGCAACUUUUGGAAAGUGGAUUUGUGUCGUUGAAGUAUGUUGGGAAUUGAAUUGAUCUCAUGAAAAUCCAUGUUUCAGAGAAUCUGACUGGAAAGCUGAUUGGUUGAAUCGAGAAGAGGCGGCGAUUCGCAACAAGCCGCUCAAAGAGCGAUAUGAGGCGCAGAAAUCGACGCUGGCAGAUUCGCAGCGAAAGAAGGUGGAGAAAUCGACGAGAAACAAGUCGAUUUAUUGUGCAGUGACUAAUGUGCCAUCGGAGGACGAUGUUGGGAAAACGGCGAGAGGACAGAAAUCGAAAACAAGUGAGGGGGGAGGGAUUUGGGAGGGGGGGUGUACUAAAAUAUAAAUAUUUACAGAAAUAUUCAAAAAUUUCGAAAUUUUGACAUUUUCAUACAAAUUUUAUCAUAAUUUUAUUAAUUUAAAAAAAAUUUUUCUAAAAUGUAAGAAUUUUUAUUAAAUUUUUUAGCUGAAAAAUGGUUUGGGAAGAUUCUGAAGCCUAUUUUCAAUAAAAACCUGAAUUUCAGUUUUUAGAAGUCAAAGAGUUUUUAGAGCUGAAAAAUAGACAUUUUCAUCAAAAUUUUAUUAUUCAAGUCGGAUUUUUUACGUUUCAAAAAAUAUAUAUUUAAAUGUUAGAUGUAUAAAAAUCAUUCUUUUUUUUAUGAUUCGCAUUCAAAUCGAAAAAAAAACAUUUUUUGACAAAAAAUUUCGAUUCGGAAAAUGUCACAAAAAAAUGAAAAAAAAAGUAAAAAAAAAAAUAGGAAUUUAAGAAUUUUCAUCAAAAGUUAAUUUUUUGGAAAAUUUGAUCCAAAAUUUAAAAAUUUUCAUCAAAUUUUUCCACGUGGCAAAAUCUUUUUUUGAAAAAAAUUUUGAAUUUCAAAAAUUGGUUCCUAAAAUUUUUGAAAAAUUUAAAUUUUUGCAGAUAAUUCAAUGUAUGGUUCGGCUCCUGUUGCAAAACGUGAGUUUAGAAAAACAAAUUGUAGUUUGGGUUACUGUAGUUUACAGUACUCUUUGCAGUUCUCUAGAUUACUGUAUAUUAUAUUUUCCAAAACUACAGUACCUCUAGAAUAUUAGCUGAUUGAAAAAGUUGGAAAAAAAAACUACAGUACUCUUUGCAGUUCUAUAAAUUUUUCAGCGUCCUCCACAAAAAUGGCGAAAAUCGUUGAGGAUGAUCCGCUGCCGACGAAAGCUGCCUCAAAAAUGCGCCAAAAUCUAUCGGUCUAUAUGGAUGUGAAUCAACAAGUCAAAGCGAAAACACCAAAUCAAUCGAAUCGCACAAAAAGAAAGUAUAAAACCUGA